AUGAAAAACAGUUCAGGUCUGCUUUUGCUGCUUUUCCUGGGGAUGUGCUCAGCACGCACCUAUCCAAACGUGGCUUUACGUGGAAAAGCUACCCAGUCAAAACAAUUCAAUCAUCAGCUGGCAGAUGCCAGCAAUGCCAUUGAUGGAAAUCGUGAAUCUGACUAUAAUGCUGGAUCUUGUGCCUGCUCUGAAAAACAGACCAACCCCUGGUGGAGAGUGGACCUGCUGGAUUCCUACAUUGUCACCUCUGUGAUCAUAACCAACAGAGGAGACUGCUGUCCAGAAAGGCUUAAUGGUGCAGAGAUUCAUAUCGGCAACUCGUUACAAGAUAAUGGUGCUGGAAAUCCAGUGGUUGCAGUAAUUUCUCACAUCCCAGCAGGCAGGUCUUUAACAAUUACUUUUACCAGACUUGUGGAGGGACGUUAUGUAACUGUGGUUCUACCUGGUAUCAAUAAAUACCUUACUCUCUGUGAAGUGGAAGUCUAUGGUUAUCGAGCCCCAACUGGAGAGAACCUAGCAAUCCAAGGAAAAGCCACACAGUCUUCACUAUAUUUACCAGGCAUGGCCUAUAAUGCCAUAGAUGGCAAUCGUGCCAACCUAUGGAACCAAGCUUCAUGCAGUCAUACAAAUGCUGACUUCACCCCCUGGUGGCGACUGGACCUGGGCAAAACCCAUAAAGUGUUUUCUGUUAAUGUAACCAACCGCGGAGAUGGUUUCCCUGAACGACUCAAUGGAGCUGAAAUUCGAAUCGGAGAUUCUCUUGACAACAAUGGCAACAACAAUCCCAGGUGUACUGUGAUCUCAAGCAUCCCUCUGGGCUUCACUGAAACCUUUAAGUGUAAUGGGAUGGACGGUCGCUAUGUCAACAUUAUCAUCCCAGGAAGAAGCGAGCAUCUGUCCCUAUGUGAGGUGGAGGUGUAUGGCUCCAAAUUGGAUUAG